AUGCGGCUUCUCGCUUGUGCACUCGUUUUUAUCGGAAUUGUAAAUUCCGUCAUCAUCAGGAAACCGGAUGUUUGUACCGAAUUUGGACACAAUUGGGCUGCGGAAAUCAGAUGUCUUCGAGAUUUAUUGGCUUCGUGCCACGAGAAAAAUGGAACUGAAGAUAGAUCAAGAGGUCUCCGAUCGCUGCCAAGAGGUUCCGUUCUCUCCACACAGUUUAACGAAGAUUAUACCCAUCAGCCGAUUAUCCCGAAACGAAUGAGAUACUUUAACAAUAAUCCAAAUACCUACGAUAACAGUUAUCGACGGCAAAACUUCCGCAGUGUUUCUCCAAUGCUAGCGCCUAAAUCGUCGGGUUGUGAUUGCAAAGAUCUUCUUGAAGAAUUAAGGAUGAACAUGACCGCAAAAAUCGAAACUCGCAUCGAAAAAGUCAUAUUGUUGACCGAGUAUGAAGCGCAAAAACGAUUUGAUCGGUUCACAAAACAGCACGAAGAGAAUUUGAAACAUUAUCAAACCAUGACUGACACGGAUCUGAGAGAAAUCAAACGCAAAAUUCGAUGGAUAGAAGCUCCCAAGAAGCAGCAAGCCGGUUACGAAUAUGUUUUUAUUGAUAAAUACGAAUCUUGGUACAAUGCUGAAGAAAGUUGCAUCGGAUAUGGUGGUCAUCUGGCGUCAAUUCACGAUGAUGAUGAAAAUAUGUUGAUCGCAAGUCUUGUGCCUGAAGGCAAAUUUGCAUGGAUUUCUCUGAACGAUGUGCAAAAGGAGAACAUUUUUGUAAACACUGAUAAAACACCAUCGAACUAUCGCAAUUGGAGACAAGGUCAGCCGGACAAUGAGCAGCACAACGAGAACUGCGCUGGAAUUGACGAGAAAGGCGAAUGGAGCGACCUAUUCUGUCUGCUCGCAAGAUCAUUCGUGUGCAAGAAGAAAUUGUGA